GCCCAAAAUUCGAUUGAACCCCCUACAAGUUUACCUGCGUAUAAAUAGUGGUCGACAGCUGCCUCUUCGGCAGAAACCCAGUAGUUGUUCCACUUCAGAGCAAAAUGGCAUUCAAGUUCAUCUUGCUCGCAGCCUUCGUUGCGGCAGCGAGCGCCGGCGGACCAGCGGCCUACGACAUCGGCACAGUGUCCGCCGAUCACAACAGCAUCGGCUACAGCCAGGAGUCGACGCAGAAGGGCUACGCCGGCCAGAAUGUGGUGUCCUCGUACAGCCGCGCCGAGGACUCCGCGCACUCAUCGGUACGCGUGAGCAACAGCCACGUGAGCAACGACGCCCUUCUGGAGCAACACGCGAUCGGCUACGGCUACGCCGCACCGGCCUUGGCCAAGCCCCUGAUCGCCGCGCAGCCGUUGAUCGCCAAAACCGCAUACGCCGCCGCGCCAGCCUUGGCGACGUACGCCGCUCAACCUGCCCCGUUGCUCGCUAAGAGCACCGCCUAUGCCGCGCCUGCUUACGGACAUUACGGAUACGCUGCCGCGCCCGCUUACGGACAUUACGGAUACGCCGCCGCCGCACCCGCUUACGGACAAUACGGACAUUACGGAUACGCGGCCGCGGCCGCGGCCGCGCCGAUCUUGGCCGCAAAGGCGCCCGCUUACGGAUACGGAUACGGAUACGCCGCACCCGCUGCCUACGGUUACGCCAGCCCGCUUCUGGCCAAGACCUAUGCCGCCCCCGCCCCACUCAUCGCUAAGACCGCUGCGUACACGACCUACGCCGCGCCAGCAUUGCCAGCAACCCCCCUGAUCGCCAAGGCUGCUUAUGCCUCCCCGCUCAUCUCCAAGACCUAUGCCGCCCCGGUUCUAGCCAAGCCCGCGAUCGCCGCCGCGCCGAUAAUCGCCAAGACGUACGCCGCCCCUUACUCGUACGAGACGGCUGCACCCGUGGUGCACGCCACUUUCAGCGGCUUCGGCACUAGCUAUGCCUGGUAAACAUAAUUCCGGAAACUGCACGUCUUUCGCCAUCGUUCACCCUCUUCGUACUUCUCCCUCUGGUACACGCGCAAUAUUUUCCACGUAGAUGUGUAUAUAAUAUUUAUAGUUUAUAAUAUUUUUAUAUUUAUACCUCAUUGUAUACACGUACAUAACAUUCUACUCUAUCUUUCAAUAGAAACAAAAGACAUACCUUCUAUACUAUACUUAUAGAAUCCCUCACAUUGGAAACCUUCGUACAGAACACAUUUCUUAAAAUACAGUUACCCACUUUUUUACAGAUUAGUAGCGAACAGAAAUUUUGCUAUAUUUGAGAUAUGAAUAAAGCGAACUUGUUAAUACA